UGACAAGAAAAAAACUCUAGCGAAAGUAUUGGCUUUGAGAAGCCACACAAAAAUAUUGUGCGCCGAUGAUUCCAUAAGAGAAGUGAUGGAAGCUAUCACUAGGAGGCACUCAGCCCUUGCAGAGAAGAUCGCGAAAUUAAAGAAACAGCGUUUGAUCUUACUCAGUUUAAUAAAGGAACUUGGGAUGCCGAUCAAAUCGUGUUGGACAAAAGCUUUGGAGGAGUUGGAGACUAGGCGCCAAUACCCGAGUGAUGUGAGAUAUAUAUCUGAUGACCCAAGUAAUGCAGAAAUGAUACGAUCUGCGCUGUGCACGUAUUUAAGCUCGCUGAUUUCUGACGGAUUGGGUGACAUGGUCGAUGUUGACGGCUCGGGUGACGACAUGGUAAUUGCCGAAGGCGAAGGUGUCGAUAUGCUAAUUGCUGACGGCGAAGGUGUUGAAGACGGUCAUGGCAAUGGAGAUCCAUCAACAACACAUGAAGAAGGAGAUGCAGCCGGUUCCUCCGAAAUCCGUACGGAUUCGGAGUUAGUGGAUCUGCAUAUUGAACUAUUGCCUUUUUAAAAUAAGCACAUAUGAAUAAAAAAAUACACAAAUAUUAAAACAAGGUCUCUUACUGCUAAAGCUUUCUUCCAAUAAGC